AUGUGUGCUUCUGAUUAUCCUACAACCCUACAGCUGCAGUUCGGUCAUGUUUUUGAGACCCACUCUUCGCUUAAGACGAAUACUGCGGUGAUCAAGACGGGCACACAAGAGAAGGGCUUUGUACUGUACGACAUUCCUGGACAGUACCGGCUGCGCUCAUUGGCGGUGGAUCAAUUGGCAGCAACAGCCAAAGCAGUUGUGUUUGUGGUCGACAGCCACACGUGCCGUGCGGCCAUUGCGGAUGUUUCUGCAUGGCUGUACACGGUGGUAGCUCACAAUAUCAUCUCCAGCGGCAGAGUGCCCAUAGUGCUUGCGUGUAAUAAGCAGGACAUGUUUGGGGCUCCAUCGCCCACGGCCAUUGCUGCGUCCCUGCUGGCAGAAAUGAACAAAAUCCGCACAACGCGCAUGUCCGACACGACACUAGGCGGCAACGAGGUCUUCUUGGGACACUCCAACAAGCCACUCGCGUGGGCUGACCUACCCAACACCAUUGUGGUUAUGGGGUGCAGCAUCCACGACAGCGACGGCCUCUUAGAAUACAUAUCUUCUCUCGAGUAA